AUGGUAAUUGAAUAUAUGAACAACACUGUCAAACAAUUGAAGUCAUUGUUUGAAGGAAUGCUGUGUGACUUAUUCUGCUCUCCCUUGCAUCAUGUCCCCAGGACUCCACCCCUCACCCUGCUACACAUCUCAGCUAGCAAAUUUAGUGAUGCUCCAUCAGCAGGGGGCAUUGCUGGCUUUCUUUCCACUGAUGUGUCUUCAAGCCAGAGUCUUUUCCCCACCUCUCAGCUCUCAACCCAGACACCCUCUGAACUGAAAACUGACUCCUCAGAAAAACAAUCCUCCACCAUCCAUUCCCUUUUCAAAAAGGCAGCUGAGAAACACAGACUGAAGGUUACAAAAGAUGAAGACGAGGAGGUCGAGGAUAAAGACUCCACCGGGAUUCUCCCAUCUUCCUCCUUUAUCAAAACUGCUGAUAGUCAGUUAGAGGCAGAUAACAAUGUUCCUGUUCCCUCUGUGGUUUCUCACCUUAAAAAUGUUUCAGACAGCUCCAAUUCUGGAAUGUCCUCUUUCUUCCACAAGAAGAGACUUGAAAGGGACUCAGCCUUAACUUUGAACACACCUGAAACAGAACUCAAGCCUGGACCUGACAAUACACAUGCCUCAGAAGACACUGUUGCUGCUGUGUCAGACCUUGAGGCAAAACAUAGCUCCUCUCAGCAGGCACCAUGUGAAGAGUUACGGGAUGAAACAGACUUUGAUCCAGAAGCCAACCCUCCUCCUUUCAGCGUGGCUAAAGAGGACUUGAUGAACUGUGAGCGCUGUGGCCAGGAAGUGUCCGUCUGGGAAAUGCCUGAACACAACGACUAUCACUUCGCCCUGGACCUCCAGAAGUCCCUCUCUUCAUCAGCACCCAGCUCUUCCUCUUCCUCCAAUGCCUCCUUGACUCCUCACAGAGCCCAGUCCACACGUGGCAAGACAAAAACCAGAGGCCUGUCAGGACCACAACCCAAAAGGCAUCGCUCUCAAGGUGGAAGUGCGGGCACUCUGGAUUCUUUUUUCAAGAAGACCUGAGGAUGUGCUGGAGAGCAGCACUUUUUUUUUUUUUUAAAGUAAAUAAAAACACAAACUUAAAUGUACAGAGAAAGUCCAAAGAGCUGAAUGCCAUUUUGUAAAAGGAUACAGCACCUGUUUAAAGAUGUGCCUUAUAUUGUAGAGUAUAAAUGACAGCAAGUGUUUACUUAUGCACUUUGUGUUAAGUGUGCUUUUUUAUUCUAAAUAAAGAAAGGCAAUACUUUUUUUAAACAUGCUUAUUAAAGUUUUCUGUAGUUGUACACCUUGUGUUGUAGUAUUCUGGUGUGCCAGCAGAGGCCACUAAUCAGUUGCAUGUAGAGCAGGAAUCCUCAGAGGAUGUCAAUACUGAGUUUUCUUGUGAGCUCAAGGAUACAGGAAAUGUUUGUUUGAGAUAUUUGAAUUAGACUGCCAGUAGCAUGGGUCCAGUUGCACCAUUAUGAUGUGUCAUCCUGUGUUGUUUACACUUUCCUCCCAUGAAGAACCCUGUUCAAGGCGCUAAAAGAAAGCUGAAUGAGGAAUUGACUCUUGCGUUGUCUUGCAUCAGCUGUGUAACGCAUUAGGAGGAGCAGUGCCUGUUAAAUGGAAUAACCUUUCAAACUCAGUGGUAUGAAGUGAGUCAUGACUUUGUCACAGGCCAGUAGAUGAAAUGCUGGGUGUUUGAUGACACGGUUGAAAACACUGAGCAAUUUAGUUGUUUACUAAAAACAUAACAAAAGGUAAAAGCACCUGGUAUAGACAAUACAACUUUUAUUCAUGUAUCAUGAACACAAACUGGAUCUGUACAUAAAUAUUGCAUUCCACCCAAAUAAUGAUCAACAUGUACACUUUAUUUCGAUUUAAGGGAGGGCUCUAAAACUACUUUCAGAAAAGUGAAGAUGUGUUUGGAAGGCUGUGAAAAACGCGAUUGAAUAUAUAUUGUAAAAUCUGGAACUACUAGAAAUCUAUAAAAUACUCAAGUUGCAUAUAACAAACUAAAACCUGAUACCCUUUAUAAAGGCUAUACAUAUAAGUUGUCUGAGUGCACACAAAUUAAGCAUAACAAGAAAGUGUGUGCAACUAAACAGGGCACACAUUUUGUCUCUAUCGUGACCGUCAGUGGGACAGCAGGUUAUGCUACAGUCGAAACAACAUGCUAUAAUAAGACAUGAGGCCAACAGCAGCCUCGAACAAAGGGUAGCAACUAACAUUCAUCUUCAAAGUGUUCUUCUACACAUCAAAAGCUGUUUACAGGAAUCUAGCACCAACUUAAUAAGAUAGUUUUACUAAGUUGUAAGACUUUGGGGUGUAAUGGUUGACUACUCAAACGGUAGCUCCAUUAGGCACUGUGUAAAAUCCCAAAGUGAGUGACAUCAGUAACUGAAGUGAAGAGACGACGUCAAGUACCUUUAAAUGCUUUAAAACAAAGCUACAUCAGUAGGCAGCUUUACAUAAUAUAAAAUCCAUAACCAAACAUCUCUUUGGGAAAAAACACCCUUUCAUUUAUCUUCCUUCUCACCAAGCCAGCAACAGAAAGCUCCUGGGAGUCGUUCUGUGAGUGGAAUGCUGUCUUAUACCUUAUCUAAACUGACCUGAGUAACUAAAGCACUUAAAGACAGGCAGCGAGAGACUGUCCCACUGCACUAUCGUGAGGUGAGGCAUAAUCCGUGAUAGAAAAAAUACACAACUAUCUGAACAUAUGUGACAUAACAAACCACUUACAAAGUGAGUGCCAAUGUGAAUGAUCUUGGCAGGCUGACGCAAAAUCAGUCAGGUUCUUACUCCGCGUACCUCAAAUGCGGUCCUUUACCUACAUUGAGUUUCCUUUAGUCAGCACUAGUAAAGCUUAUAGCAAGAUGGUUUAGCUUAUAUAAAACUGACCAGCUGUGUCUGCUAUUAUCCCACAUACAUAAGCAGAGGUAAGAACAUCUUUAUCAGUCAGGCACUAUGUGGGGUGAUGAAACAGGUAACACAUUAAUGCCCAUCUCAUACUUGCAACUGUUUGUAAACAAUUAUCUGCCAAAGGUAUAUCGAAACUGGCAUUUAUGUUUCAGUGCGAGUUUGUGAGGAUCUUUUUAAAAGCACGUGUUAGGAGUGCAUUAAGGUGUAAACUGUGUAAACAGAACUUCAACGCUGUGUGAAAGCACAUUCCUGUUCUUUACACUCAACAUCAUGUUGGUAGAUGUUGUGGACGUGUCCUUCACGAUGUGACAGAGGUGGCUGAGGGGUUUCCUCUUAUCAGUGCCACGAAAAACAAAGAUAAGCUGUUGUUAAAAAAAAAA